UCAACUAUUUCUAACAGGAUUUGAUAUAUAAAGCGAUUCAUUCAAGUGAGUCCAACUUUUUGCUUUUUCUUCUUUGUCUUUUACUUUAUUUUUCUCUUUCUUUGUAAAUUUUGAUAGUUCUAAUAAAAUGGAGGAGAUUGAUGUUCCUACACAUUUUCUCUGCCCAAUUUCGUUACAACUUAUGAGAGAUCCGGUCACGGUCUCAACUGGGAUUACAUACGAUAGAGAAAACAUCGAGAGAUGGUUAUUUUCAUGCAACAACAACACUUGUCCUGUAACAAAACAAGUGUUGUUAGAAACCGAUCUAACCCCAAACCACACUCUUCGUCGCUUGAUUCAAUCAUGGUGCACUCUCAAUUCCUCACUUGGAAUAGAACGAAUUCCUACACCGAAGCCACCUGUUGAUAAAACCCAGAUUGUCAAAAUCAUUGAUGAUGCUAAAAAGUUCCCUCGUACGCAGCUCAAAUGCCUGAGAAAAUUGAGAUCCAUCACGCUUCAGAGUGAAAGAAACAAAACCUGCAUAGAGGCUGCUGGUGCUGUUGAGUUCUUGGCUGCAAUUAUAAGGAGUUAUGCUUCCAGUUUAAUCGAAGUCGAUAUCGAUGAUGGAUCCGAUGUGGCGAAAGCAAGUGAUGAGGCAUUGAGCAUUCUCUAUCAUCUAAAUGUCUCAGAAAACUAUUUGAAGAAUUUAAUAAACAAUGAAGAAUUUGUGGAUUCUUUGGUGCAAGUGUUGAAGCAUGGUAACUACCAAUCUCGAGCUUAUAGUACAAUAUUAUUGAUGUCCAUGUGUCAAGUGGCAGAUCCAAUCCAACUGGUUAGUGUUAAGCCCGAAUUGUUUAUCGAAAUCGCAUAUGUAUUAAGUGAUCAGAUUUCGCAGCAAGCUUUCAAGGCCGCUUUGAAGCUUCUUUUAGAGCUUUGUCCUUGGGGAAGAAACCGAAUCAAAUCCGUUGACGGUGGAGUAGUUUCAGUAUUAAUAGAUCUUCUUCUUGAUGUGACGGACAAGAGAGCUUGUGAACUUAUACUAAACGUACUGGAUCAGCUGUGUCGCUGCGCAGAAGGGAGAGCGGAGUUUUUGAAUCACGGAGCAGGUGUAGCCAUUGUUUCAAAGAAAAUACUUAGGGUUUCUCAUGUGGCAAGUGAUAGAGCGGUGAGAAUUCUGAUCUCAAUCUGCAAGUUCUCUGCAACUGCUAGGGUUCUUCAAGAGAUGUUGCAAGUGGGUGCUGUGGCAAAGUUGUGUUUGGUGCUACAAGUUGAUACAAGUUUGAAGACCAAGGAAAGAGCAAAGGAAAUGCUCAAGUUACACUCUAGGCUUUGGAGGGCUUCUUCUUGCAUUCCGCCUCAUUUGUUGUCUUCUUAUCCCUCUUCUUGAAACAAACAAUUUUUUGGUAGAUAGUUAAUACUAAUAAGCUUGAGAAACAAGGCCUUAUCCGGGCAAAUUUUAAUUUACAUAUACAAAUUAAUGAAUUAUAUCAGUAUGAAAUAUUGUAACUCUUCGUUCAU